AAUUUUCAAAACAUACCCUUCAUGAGAGAGAACGAAAAAAGGUUGUCAAAAAAAAAAGCUGGCUGGACUACGCAAAUAAUGGACCAGCCUCUCUCUCUUGAUAUCUUGUUAAGAACAUUGGUGACCGGGAAAAGUGGAUGGUUUGGUUGCGCGGGACAGAUGAUAAAAAUGACAUGUACAUAAAAAAAAUUCCAGAUUUUGUGUAAAAUACCCAAAUGAGGAAGUACUGGAAACACCUAUUUUAACGAAGUGGCCUUAAAAAAAAAUCUUUUGUGACGAUCCAUUAUUCAGGGAAAUUGUAUCUAUUUUAUCAGAUAGUCAGAAAAUGGAUAAAGUUUUUACAGAUCUAAUAAAAUAUAGUGUGGGGAAGUUUUACUCUCAAUGAAGGUCAAUCCAAGUGGCUCUCGGAGUAAAUUUCUUCUUUGGCAUGCUCAUCGAUUUUUCAAAAUGGUAUGGUGCGCGAAAAAAGAUGCGCGACGGCACUCUGAUCAUAAAAUCUCGAAGCUGGUGUUCCAUUAGUAUAGUUCCAUGGUUAAAGUAUUACAAGCGUAGGAUGUGUUUGGUCUUCAUCCCAUUUAAAACUCACUCUAGUAAAGUUUUCGCUAAUUUAUUCUAAUUCGGUUUUAAUUCCGUACUAAUUUUGAAUUUUCACUCUAGUAAAGCCCAGUGGCGUCGCUAGAAGGAUGCGAGGGGCGCGGAAACACACUAUAACUACGCCUAUUAUAAAGACAACUAAUUAUUUAAGUAUAAAUUUUUUUUUCCGUGAAUCCCAUUUAGUGGUGUUAAUAGUUUGCUUUAUUUUCAUUUUUACAAUACAAUACAAUUUUUCCACUUCCUGGAAACUAAAACCUAAUACAUGGGCUCAAAACUGAAACACCUGUGUUGACAAGGAUCUUGAAACAUUUAUAGAUCUACAUAAUUUUUCUAACAAGCUGAAAGUUGAUGUAGAAUCUAUAUGGUUGGGAAACGAAUUACUUGCUCGUCGGUCACACUGGGAAAACUCUGGUUUGACCGUUAUAAUUUUCCAACGUAAAAAAAAAUAAUAAAAAAAAUAUAAUUUUGCUUGUAAACUAGAUCUAUAAAAUAUUUAUCUUGAACGGACUAAACGACUUCAUGUAGUUCCGCAGCGGAGGUUUGAACUCAAAAGAGUUUUCCUUCUUUUAGGUGCGUAGCCAGAUAGAUAGAAAGAAAAAUGAGCGGCGAAAAUGGAAAUGGACGCUCAAAGGCUGAUGUUGGGGAUGAACUGGGUCAAACGUUACAGCGCAUUGAAGACUUGGUUGAAACAAACAAAAUUGAUGAAGCUUACAAGCUAAUCCUUGAUACGAACUACCAGCUGAAAUUUGCAAACAACAUUCAAUGGUUUCUUGGGAUUGAUUCAUUUUUCAAAAACUACGUCAACAAGACUCCCGCAAUGAGCAAAGAUCCAGAGUUCAAUGUUCAUUACUUCUACACUCUCAGAAACAUCACAAUGCUAUUGAUGUCCUCUAGAUCGAGAAAAGAUUAUGGAGCUAUAGCAGAUACUUUAAACAGACUUGACCAACAGUUAUGGAGAAAUACUUCACUAUUUACAUUAGACACCAUAUGGAGAUGGACAUUUCUAGAAAUCAAGGCACAAUUUUACUUCCUGAUUGGCUACUAUUUGAUCGAGACAACUCAAAAUAUUGGUCAACAACAAGAUUUUCUGACUUAUGUUGUGGGUGCUUGUUUAUUUGCCAGCUUUAAAGCUAAUGGAGAAGAAGCAAUGACCCAUGUUGGUCAGCCACAAAGAAAGUUUGUCCAGUGGUGGUAUCACCAGAGUCAAGACCGAUUGUCUCAAAUAGGUCAUCUACUGAAGCACUUAUCUAAAGGCGAAGUCCUUGAAUGGAGUACAAGACAUGCAACUGCUGCAGUGAAAGGAAAGCUUUUCGACAUUUUUGUACUAGUCUUUGGUCAAUCUGAUGAUGCCAGGAGAAAGAACUCCUAUUUCCUACAUGCUUCAGAAAUGCACAGUAAUACUUUAACUAGCAGAAUAAACCCAAUGAGUGAUGGACAAGCCAUUGCUUAUGAUACUGCUUCAUUCAAGCUCCAUCUGAAUGACCUGUCCCAUCUUGUUUGGUUAUGUCUGCAAUAUUUUGAACCCGGAAAGAACUAUCAGCCAGUCUAUCCCUUUUUUGUCAUUGAUGAUCUUCCACCAGGAUUAUGUAAAUUUGACUUACCAAAUGGUCUCAUCAAAUCUUUAUGUCAAAUGGAUAUUUUGGUGUUUUUGUUAGCAACAGUGUAUUGUGUUGACAAUCAAAUCAGGCUGGAUGAAUCUCAAAAUGACUCCCGACUAUUACUACCACCACUAGCCAGCUAUCCUCUGUGCUCUGAGGAUCAGGCUCGUUGGUGGUCAGAAGCUUAUCAUUUCUUUAAUCACACUGAAAGUGAACAAAGACAGCAAUCAAAUAUGAGAAAAAUACUGACGAAAGGCAUAGAGACAGUUAGGCUGAUUGGCCUCCAUGGCAUGUCUUUGACACUGAUGGUCCACAUUGCUCGUUCGCUAAGUAAAAUAACACAACUUCUGAAUGAGAAAAAUGUUGAUAGCUGUGAUUUAGAACUUGUAGCAACAGAAGAAAGAGAGAAAAUAUUUUGGGAAGCAGUCAUAAAAGAAUUGGGCAGGCUGAAAAGGCAUGAGGAUAUUGAGCUUCCUGAAGACAGGCUUUUCAAACACAGCCUUGGAGCAAGAAUAACCCUAGAAGGACUCAAGGAGAUACAGGAUGAAGCAUAUUUUUCUUUAGGUUCAAUAGCUUACAACCAUUCAAAAUAUAAACAGGCUGUGGAAUUGUUUGAGAAGGCCUAUUCUCCAGAGGCACAACUUCAACUGGCCAAAAGCUAUAAGAAACUAGCUGAGGAAGAACAGUCAGAAAAUAUGAACUAUGAAUUGUCGGCCUAUAGGGCCAGGGAAGUUUUAUUCAACCUUUUAGCACAUUAUAAGUAUGAUAAAGGAUUCAAUAAAACUGUUUUGAAAGAGCUUGAUGACAUUGAUUGGAUCCUCCAUAGAGAACACUUUAGAAACAUAGAGGAGACUGAGGAGAGUUGUCUUCAGUUCUCUCCCAGGUCACGUACAUUGUCAGACAGAGAUGUCACUGGAGGGGCUAGAAAAAAACUUUUCUCAAGAACAUCACCUGGCAGGCCAAAUGUAGAUACUGUUCGACACGAACCUAGUUCAGUAAUUGACAGUAAUAGCCUGACCCUUGUUAGGUCCCAGCCUUCAACAGAACUUCUGACUGAACAGAUCACACAUCUAAAUCAUACAUGCCUCGAUCUGCAAAGAAAUAUUCAUGAGAGGAACAGGGAGGACCUACAGAAUCAGGAGUUGAUCCUGAGCAUGUUUGCAGAACAAAGCAACCAUUUAAUGGCUUGCAACAAACAGAUCUUUGAUGAGUUGGUGGAGAGUAGGAAACUGAUGACCAAUGUUCUCUCUGAAAAUACACAGACAAUGAAGGCUAUAAAGGAAUGUGUUGGAGAAAACAGAACAUCAAUCAUUGAAAUGAAGGACGCAAUAAAGACAUUGAGGAGUGAGAUUUCAGAACCACAAAAUAGGCCUUCACAGUCAUCCAGUAAUUAUGCCACCCAGAGAAGGGUACGUAGCAGAGCUUCUCAGUCAGCACUGAACAGUCAUGAUACACAAACUAGACACGAGUUUGAAGUGGCAAGACAUGUUGACCGUGGGUCACUGGAGCCUAGAGAUGGUCAGUUUGCUGAGGCCUAUGACCAAAUGACAGAGAACCAAUGGUAUUUACAUCAGUCUAAUUUUUUACCUGAACAUCAGAAUGAGAGUUUAAAGGAAAAUAUGUCUGUUACAUCACAACAAGCACAGUACCCAAUUACACCAGGACUGUUUCCCACUGCGUCUGCACAACAAGAAUGUAGACAUAGUACACUGGCCUAUAAAAAUGAACAUUUGUUAAAGCCACACACAGAUUUAUUUGGUGGACAGCAUGUUCAAAGAAUGUCAACACAGCCAGGGAAUGUCAUGUUUGCUCCAGCACAGGAAGGACUUAUGUUCACAACACAGCAAGGAUCUUUAGUGGCUACACCAACACAGCAAGGACCUUUCAUGGCUACACCAACACAGCAAGGACCUUUCAUGGCUACACCAACACAGCAAGGAUCUUUCAUGGCUAUACCAACACAGCAAGGAUCUCUCAUGGCUAUACCAACACAGCAAGGAUCUUUCAUGGCUAUACCAACACAGCAAGGAUCUUUUAUGGCUAUACCAACACAGCAAGGACCUUUCAUGGAUAAAGCAACACAGCAAGUACCUUUCAUGACUGCACCAACACAGCAAGUACCUUUCAUGACUACAGCAACACAGCAAGGACCUUUCAUGACUGCACCAACACAGCAAGGACCUUUCAUGACUACAGCAACACAGCAAGGACCUUUCAUGACUGCACCAAUACAGCAAGGACCUUUCAUGACUACAGCAACACAACAAGGACCUUUCAUGACUGCACCAAUACAGCAAGGACCUUUCAUGACUACAGCAACACAGCAAGGACCUUUCAUGACUACAGCAACACAGCAAGGACCUUUCAUUACUACAUCAACACAGCAAGGACCUUUUGUCACUACAGCAACACAUCAAGGGAAUGAUAUGAAUGCACCUUUAGAGCAAGCCAAUUUGAGGUAUACACCAACAAAAGGAUGGAAUGCUGUGGCUGGGCCAUUACAAAAAGAAAAUGCCAUGGCUACAACAACACAGCAAGAAGUGUUUGACAUUAGUCAAACCCUACAACACCAAGAACAUUCUUUUUCACUAAUUCAAAACAAUCAACCUUUGGCUGACCCAAUGCAAAGUGACAUUAGUGGACAAAAUGUUCCAUCUGUGACUGAAAAUGAAAACCAAAAAACUCUUCAUGAUAAAAUACCAUCACCAAAAACUCAGGAGUUAGAUUCGUUGAUAAAUAAACAUAACAGUGGAGACUUAGCCCAAGAGAUUUCUUCACAUUCAGAUACUCCUUAUAGUUUUAAACUCUUUGAGAGUCCAAUAAAGUCCUCAUUUAAAAUUCCCAAAUGUGUAUUUGAUCAUUUUGGUGUAGAGAAUGAGUCCACAGAAAAUCCUUCAUCUAUUACUGAUACGGAUAUACCAUCACCUGAAAUUGAGCAGUUAGAUUCUACAAUAAAUAAACAAAACAGUGGAUACUUAGUUGAAGAGUUUUCAUCACAGUCAGAUUCCUCUCAGGCCACUAAUUUCUUUGAGAGUCCAAGGAUUUCCAGUUGGAAAAUUCCCCAAAAUGUGCUUGUGCAUUCUGUAGAGAAUAAAUCCAUAGGGAAUUCUUCAUCUAUUACCUUUGCAGAUAAUACCAUUGGACGAGAUGAUGAUAUUCAAAGCUCUUGUACAGAUGACAUUUCUCUGGGUACAGUUGUAGAAAGUGGUGCUAUGUUUUAUGAGAGUCCUGCAUUAAUAGUACCAGAACAAUGUAGAAAGAUUGUGAGAGAUCAUGAAUAUUAUGAACGAUUUUCUUCAACUGAAACAGAUAAUACCAUUGGACAAGACGAUGAUAUUCAAAGCUCUUGUACAGAUGACAUUUCUCUGGGUACAGUUGUAGAAAGUGGUGCUAUGUUUUAUGAGAGUCCUGCAUUAAUAGUACCAGAACAAUCUAGAAAGAUUGUGAGAGAUCAUGAAUAUUAUGAACGAUUUUCUUCAACUGUAACAGAUAAUACCAUUGGACAAGACGAUGAUAUUCAAAGCACUUUUACAGAUGACAUUUCUCUGGGUACAGUCGUAGAAAGUGGUGCUAUGUUUUAUGAGAGUCCUGCAUUAAUAGUACCAGAACAAUCUAGAAAGAUUGUGAGAGAUCAUGAAUAUUAUGAACGAUUUUCUUCAACUGAAACAGAUAAUACCAUUGGACAAGACGAUGAUAUUCAAAGCACUUUUACAGAUGACAUUUCUCUGGGUACAGUCAUAGAAAGUGGUGUUAUGUUUUAUGAGAGUCCUGCAUUAAUAGUACCAGAACAAUCUAGAAAGAUUGUGAGAGAUCAUGAAUAUUAUGAACAAUUUUCUUCAACUGAAACAGAUAAUACCAUUGGACAAGAGGAUGAUAUUCAAAGCACUUUUACAGAUGACAUUUCUCUGGGUACAGUCAUAAAAAGUGGUGCCAUGUUUUUUGUGAGUCCAGUAUUACUAAAAGAGGAUAGAUCUAGAAGACAGAUUGUGGGAGAUCAUGAAACAUCUACUAUGUCUGAAGCACGCAGAUAUUCUACUAUAUCUCAGGAUGAUGAUCUUGUUAGCUCUAGUACAGAUGAUUCUUGCAGUGAAGAUGUUUCUGAGGAUUCAGACACGCAAGAUAAAAUUAUUUUAUUUGAGAGAAAAGCAUUACCAGUUAAAGGAGAAGACACAAAGAAGAUUUUGAGCAAUGGCUUCAUAAGUAAUUUAUCUGGAUCUAGGGCUAAACAAACUACUCACAGUAAAAUGAAUAGCUUAGUUAAUAUCAGUAGCUUUGGACCUCAACCCAGUAAAUCAGAAACAAGCUUAGUCAGUGACAGUAGCUUUGGACUUCAACUCAGUAAACCAGAAACAAGCUUAGUCAGUGACAGUAGCUUUGGACAUCAACUCAAUAAACCAGAAACUAGCUUAGUCAGUAACAGUAACUUUGGACAUCAAUUCAAUAAACCAGAAACAAGCUUAGUCAGUAUCAGUAGCUUUGGAUUUCAACCCAAUAAACCAGAAACAAGCUUAGUCAGUGACAGUAGCUUUGGAUUUCAACUCAGUAAACCAGAAACAAGCUUAGUCAGUGACAGUAGCUUUGGACUUCAACUCAGUAAACCAGAAACAAGCUUAGUCAGUAUCAGUAGCUUUGGAUUUCAACUCAAUAAACCAGAAACAAGCUUAGUCAGUAUCAGUAGCUUUGGAUUUCAACCCAAUAAACCAGAAACAAGCUUAGUCAGUAUCAGUAGCUUUGGACUUCAACUCAGUAAACCAGAAGCUAGCUUAGUCAGUAAUAGUAGCUUUGGACAUCAACUCAAUAAACCAGAAGCUAGCUUUGAAAGUAACAGUUACCAUGGAACUAAACCCGGUACACCACUAACCAGAUGUUUUGGUAUAAAGAGCUAUGAGAUGGGCAAUGGUCAAUUAUGUGAUUUUCAAUUUGGACCUACAGCUCAAAAUUUCUCAGGAGCUCAACUUAGCUUUGGACCUCAAACCAAUAUACAAGAAACUAGCUUAGCCAGUAACAGUAGCUUUGGACUUCAACUCUGUAAACCAGAAGCUAGCUUUGAAAGUAACAGUUACCAUGGAACUAAACCCGGUACACCACUAACCAGAUGUUUUGGUAUGAAGAGCUCUGAGAUGGGCCUAUCAGGUCAAUUAUGUGAUUUUCAAUUUGGACCUACAGCUCAAAAUUUCUUUGGCGCUCAACUUAAUAGCCAAUCAAUAUUUCAUAGUGUUGACAAACAAAAUCAUGAGCUCUCUGAUAAAAAAAUUGAAAACAUUGGAAGUACUAGUAAUUCAAAAGAGACAGUGCCAAUACAGGCAUUAUCAUUUGUAGAACAUGUUCACACCCAUCAUGUCGUCUCAAGUAUACAUGACGAAGCAGCAGAUGAUAAAACAAGUUAUCUUAACAACACUUCGUUAAUGAAUGUUCCCAACAAAGACAGAGUGGUUGAAAAACGAAUGGAUGCUAAUGGUGACUUAGCAGAUAGUGUGAAGAGUACAACUUCUGAGUUACAUGAUUACAGUCGUGUCAGUCAAACAACACAACUGACAACUGAAAAGAAAAAUAUGGCACUAGAACAGACAACAAGAAAGGACAGUAUGGCACCAAAACAGACAACUAUAAAGGAAAGUAUGGCACCUCAACAGACAAAUGAAAAGGACAGUAAGGGACCACAACAGACAACUGAAAAGGACAGUAAUGCACCACAACAGACAACUGAAAAGGACAGUAAUGCACCACUACAGACAACUGAAAAGGACAGUAAUGCACCACAACAGACAACUGAAAAGGACAGUAAUGCACCACUACAGAAAACUGGUGAGGACAGAAAGGGAACAAAACAGACAACUGAAAAGGACAGUAAUGCACCACAACAGAAAACUGGUGAGGACAGUAAGGGAACAAAACAGACAACUGAAAAGGACAGUAAUGCACCACAACAGAACACAGUAAAGGACAGUAAUGCACCACAACAGACAACUGGUGAGGACAGUAAGGGAACAAAACAGACAACUGAAAAGGACAGUAAUAUACCACAACAGAAAACUGCUGAGGACAGUAAUGCACCACAACAGACAACUUUUGAGGACCGUAAUGCACCACAACAGACAACUGGUGAGGACAGUAAUGCACCACAACAAACAACUGAAAAGGACAGUAAUGCACCACAACAAACAACUGAAAAGGACAGUAAUGCACCACAACAGACAACUGGAGAGGACAGUAAUGCACCACAACAGGCAACUUGUGAGGACAGUAAUGCACCACAAAAGACAACUGAAAAGGACAGUGAUGCACCACAACAGACAACUGGAGAGGACAGUAAGGGAACAAAACAGACAACUGAAAAGGACAGUAAUGCACCACAACAGACAACUGGUGAGGACAGUAAUGGACCACAACAGACAACUGGUGUGGACAGUAAUGGACCACAACAGACAACUGGUGAGGACAGUAAUGGACCACAACAGACAACUGGUGAGGACAGUAAUGCACCACAACAGACAACUGGUGAGGACAGUAAUGCACCAGAACAGACAACUGGUGAGGACAGUAAUGCACCAGAACAGACAACUGGUGAGGACAGUAAUGCACCACAACAGAAAACUGGUGAGGACAGUAAUGCACCACAACAGACAACUGGUGAGGACAGUAAUGCACCACAACAGACAACUGGUGAGGACAGUAAUGCACCAGAACAGACAACUGGUGAGGACAGUAAGGCACAACAACUGACAAAUGAAAAGGACAGUAAUGGACCACAACAGGCAACUGGUGAGGACAGUAAUGGACCACAAGAGACAUCUGGUGAGGAAAGUAAUGGACCACAACAGACAACUGGUGAGAACAGGAAGGCACCACAACAUACAACUGUUGAGGACAGUAAUGGACCACAACAUACCACUGGUGAGGACAGUAAUGGACCACAACAGACAACUGGUGAGGACAGUAAUGGACCACAACAGACAACUGGUGAGGACAGUAAUGGACCACAACAUACAACUGUUGAGGAUAGUAAAGGACCAGAACAGACAACUGGUGAGGACAGUAAUGGACCACAACAGACAACUGGUGAGAACAGUAAGGCACCACAACAUACAACUGUUGAGGAUAGUAAUGGACCACAACAUACAACUGUUGAGGAUAGUAAUGGACCACAACAGACAACUGGUGAGGACAGUAAGGGAACAAAACAGACAACUGAAAAGGACAGUAAUGCACCACAACAGAAAACUGAAAAGGACAGUAAUGCACCACAACAGACAACUGGUGAGGACAGUAAUGCACCACAACAGACAACUGGUGAGGACAGUAAUGCACCACAACAGACAACUGGUGAGGACAGUAAUGCACCACAACAGACAACUGAAAAGGACAGUAAUGCACCACAACAGACUAUUGAAAAGGACCAUAAGGGACCACAACAUACAACUGAAAAAGAAAGUAUGGCAACACAACAAACAGCUGAAAAGGACAGUAAGACACAACAACAGACAGCUGAUAAGGACAAUAAGGCACUAAAACAGACAAUUGAAAAGGACAGUAUGGCACAACAACAUACAGCUAAAAAGGACAGUAAGACACCACAACAGACAACUGGUGAGGACAGUAAUGCACCACAACAGACAACUGGUGAGGACAGUAAUGCACCACAACAGACAACUGGUGAGGACAGUAAUGCACCACAACAGACAACUGAAAAGGACAGUAAUGCACCACAACAGACUAUUGAAAAGGACCAUAAGGGACCACAACAUACAACUGAAAAAGAAAGUAUGGCAACACAACAAACAGCUGAAAAGGACAGUAAGACACAACAACAGACAGCUGAUAAGGACAAUAAGGCACUAAAACAGACAAUUGAAAAGGACAGUAUGGCACAACAACAUACAGCUAAAAAGGACAGUAAGACACCACUACAGAAAACUGAGACGGAAAGUAGAGCACCACAAAAGACAGCUGAAAAAGAAUGUAAGGUACCACUAAAGACAACUGUAAAGGACAAUAAAACACCACAACAAAUAGAUGAAAAGUACAUUAAUGCACCACAACAGACAACUGAAAAGGAAAGUAAGGGUCAACAACAGACAUUAAAAAAGGACAUUAAGGCUCCACAACAAACCACUGAAAACAUCAGUGAGGGACCACAACAGACAAUGGGAAAGGACAAUAAGGGACCACAACAGACAACUCAAAAGUGCAGAAAGGGACCACAAAAGACAACUCAAAAGUACAGUAAAGGACCACAAAAGACAACGGGAAAGGACAUAAGGGAACCACAACAGGCAAAUAAAAAGGCCAAUAAGGGAAAAAAACAUUUAACUGAAGAGGAAAAAAAGGGCCCACAACAGACAACUGAAAAGGACAGUGAGGGACCACAAAAGAUAACGGGAAAGGACAUAAGGGAACCACAACAGGCAAAUAAAAAGGCCAAUAAGGGAAAAAAACAUUUAACUGAAGAGGAAAGAAAGGGCCCACAACAGACAACUGAAAAGGACAGUAAUGCACCACAACAGAAAACUGAAAAGGACAGUAAUGCACCACAACAUACAACUGGUGAGGACAGUAAGGGAACAAAACAGACAACUGGUGAGGACAGUAAUGCACCACAACAGACAACUGAAAAGGACAGUGAUGCACCACUACAGACAACUGAAAAGGACAGUAAUGCACCACUACAGACAACUGAAAAGGACAGUAAUGCACCACAACAUACAACUGGUGAGGACAGUAAGGGAAUAAAACAGACAACUUGUGAGGACAGUAAUGCACCACAACAGACAACUGAAAAGGACAGUAAUGGACCACAACAGAAAACUGGUGAGGACAGUAAGGGAACAAAACAGACAACUGAAAAGGACAGUAAUGCACCACAACAGAAAACUGGUGAGGACAGUAAUGGACCACAACAUACAACUGUUGAGGAUAGUAAUGGACCAGAACAGACAACUGGUGAGGACAGUAAUGGACCACAACAGACAACUGGUGAGAACAGUAAGGCACCACAACAUACAACUGUUGAGGAUAGUAAUGGACCACAACAGACAACUGGUGAGGACAGUAAGGCACCACAACAUACAACUGUUGAGGAUAGUAAUGGACCACAACAGACAACUGGUGAGAACAGUAAGGCACCACAACAUACAACUGUUGAGGAAAGUAAUGGACCACAACAGACAACUGGUGAGGACAGUAAGGGAACAAAACAAACAACUGAAAAGGACAGUAAUGCACCACAACAGACAACUGGUGAGGACAGUAAUGCACCACAACAGACAACUGGUGAGGACAGUAAUGCACCAGAACAGACAACUGGUGAGGACAGUAAUGCACCAGAACAGACAACUGGUGAGGACAGUAAUGCACCAGAACAGACAACUGGUGAGGACAGUAAUGCACCAGAACAGACAACUGGUGAGGACAGUAAUGCACCACAACAGACAACUGGUGAGGACAGUAAUGCACCAGAACAGACAACUGGUGAGGACAGUAAUGCACCAGAACAGACAACUGGUGAGGACAGUAAUGCACCAGAACAGACAACUGGUGAGGACAGUAAUGCACCACAACAGAAAACUGGUGAGGACAGUAAUGCACCACAACAGACAACUGGUGAGGACAGUAAUGCACCACAACAGACAACUGGUGAGGACAGUAAGGCACAACAACUGACAAAUGAAAAGGACAGUAAUGGACCACAACAGGCAACUGGUGAGGACAGUAAUGGACCACAAGAGACAUCUGGUGAGGAAAGUAAUGGACCACAACAGACAACUGGUGAGAACAGGAAGGCACCACAACAUACAACUGUUGAGGACAGUAAUGGACCACAACAUACCACUGGUGAGGACAGUAAUGGACCACAACAGACAACUGGUGAGGACAGUAAUGGACCACAACAGACAACUGGUGAGGACAGUAAUGGACCACAACAUACAACUGUUGAGGAUAGUAAAGGACCAGAACAGACAACUGGUGAGGACAGUAAGGCACCACAACAUACAACUGUUGAGGAUAGUAAUGGACCACAACAUACAACUGUUGAGGAUAGUAAUGGACCACAACAGACAACUGGUGAGGACAGUAAGGGAACAAAACAGACAACUGAAAAGGACAGUAAUGCACCACAACAGACAACUGGUGAGAACAGUAAGGCACCACAACAUACAACUGUUGAGGAUAGUAAUGGACCACAACAGACAACUGGUGAGGACAGUAAUGGACCACAACAUACAACUGUUGAGGAUAGUAAAGGACCAGAACAGACAACUGGUGAGGACAGUAAUGGACCACAACAGACAACUGGUGAGAACAGUAAGGCACCACAACAUACAACUGUUGAGGAUAGUAAUGGACCACAACAUACAACUGUUGAGGAUAGUAAUGGACCACAACAGACAACUGGUGAGGACAGUAAGGGAACAAAACAGACAACUGAAAAGGACAGUAAUGCACCACAACAGAAAACUGAAAAGGACAGUAAUGCACCACAACAGACAACUGGUGAGGACAGUAAUGCACCACAACAGACAACUGGUGAGGACAGUAAUGCACCACAACAGACAACUGGUGAGGACAGUAAUGCACCACAACAGACAACUGAAAAGGACAGUAAUGCACCACAACAGACUAUUGAAAAGGACCAUAAGGGACCACAACAUACAACUGAAAAAGAAAGUAUGGCAACACAACAAACAGCUGAAAAGGACAGUAAGACACAACAACAGACAGCUGAUAAGGACAAUAAGGCACUAAAACAGACAAUUGAAAAGGACAGUAUGGCACAACAACAUACAGCUAAAAAGGACAGUAAGACACCACUACAGAAAACUGAGACGGAAAGUAGAGCACCACAAAAGACAGCUGAAAAAGAAUGUAAGGUACCACUAAAGACAACUGUAAAGGACAAUAAAACACCACAACAAAUAGAUGAAAAGUACAUUAAUGCACCACAACAGACAACUGAAAAGGAAAGUAAGGGUCAACAACAGACAUUAAAAAAGGACAUUAAGGCUCCACAACAAACCACUGAAAACAUCAGUGAGGGACCACAACAGACAAUGGGAAAGGACAAUAAGGGACCACAACAGACAACUCAAAAGUGCAGAAAGGGACCACAAAAGACAACUCAAAAGUACAGUAAAGGACCACAAAAGACAACGGGAAAGGACAUAAGGGAACCACAACAGGCAAAUAAAAAGGCCAAUAAGGGAAAAAAACAUUUAACUGAAGAGGAAAAAAAGGGCCCACAACAGACAACUGAAAAGGACAGUGAGGGACCACAAAAGAUAACGGGAAAGGACAUAAGGGAACCACAACAGGCAAAUAAAAAGGCCAAUAAGGGAAAAAAACAUUUAACUGAAGAGGAAAGAAAGGGCCCACAACAGACAACUGAAAAGGACAGUAAUGCACCACAACAGAAAACUGAAAAGGACAGUAAUGCACCACAACAUACAACUGGUGAGGACAGUAAGGGAACAAAACAGACAACUGGUGAGGACAGUAAUGCACCACAACAGACAACUGAAAAGGACAGUGAUGCACCACUACAGACAACUGAAAAGGACAGUAAUGCACCACUACAGACAACUGAAAAGGACAGUAAUGCACCACAACAUACAACUGGUGAGGACAGUAAGGGAAUAAAACAGACAACUUGUGAGGACAGUAAUGCACCACAACAGACAACUGAAAAGGACAGUAAUGGACCACAACAGAAAACUGGUGAGGACAGUAAGGGAACAAAACAGACAACUGAAAAGGACAGUAAUGCACCACAACAGACAACACGAGAGGACAGUAAGGGAACAAAACAGACAACUGAAAAGGACAGUAAUGCACCACAACAGAAAACUGGUGAGGACAGUAAUGGACCACAACAUACAACUGUUGAGGAUAGUAAUGGACCAGAACAGACAACUGGUGAGGACAGUAAUGGACCACAACAGACAACUGGUGAGAACAGUAAGGCACCACAACAUACAACUGUUGAGGAUAGUAAUGGACCACAACAGACAACUGGUGAGGACAGUAAUGCACCACAACAAACAACUGGUGAGGACAGUAAUGCACCAGAACAGACAACUGGUGAGGACAGUAAUGCACCACAACAGACAACUGAAAAGGACAGUAAUGCACCAGAACAGACAACUGGUGAGGACAGUAAUGCACCACAACAGACAACUGGUGAGGACAGUAAUGCACCACAACAGACAACUGGUGAGGACAGUAAUGCACCAGAACAGACAACUGGUGAGGACAGUAAUGCACCACAACAGACAACUGGUGAGGACAGUAAUGCACCAGAACAGACAACUGGUGAGGACAGUAAUGCACCACAACAGACAACUGGUGAGGACAGUAAUGCACCAGAACAGACAACUGGUGAGGACAGUAAUGCACCAGAACAUACAACUGUUGAGGAAAGUAAUGGACCACAACAGACAACUGGUGAGGACAGUAAUGCACCACAACAGACAACUGGUGAGGACAGUAAUGCACCAGAACAGACAACUGGUGAGGACAGUAAUGCACCGGAACAGACAACUGGUGAGGACAGUAAUGCACCACAACAGACAACUGGUGAGGACAGUAAUGCACCAGAACAGACAACUGGUGAGGACAGUAAUGCACCACAACAGACAACUGGUGAGGACAGUAAUGCACCACAACAAACAACUGGUGAGGACAGUAAUGCACCAGAACAGACAACUGGUGAGGACAGUAAUGCACCAGAACAGACAACUGGUGAGGACAGUAAUGCACCACAACAGACAACUGGUGAGGACAGUAAUGCACCAGAACAGACAACUGGUGAGGACAGUAAUGCACCACAACAGACAACUGGUGAGGACAGUAAUGCACCACAACAGAAAACUGGUGAGGACAGUAAUGCACCACAACAGACAAUUGAAAAGGACAGUAAUGCACCACAACAGACAAUUGAAAAGGACAGUAAUGCACCACAACAGACAACUGAAAAGGACAGUAAUGCACCACAACAGACUAUUGAAAAGGACCAUAAGGGACCACAACAUACAACUGAAAAAGAAAGUAUGGCAACACAACAAACAGCUGAAAAGGACAGUAAGACACAACAACAGACAGCUGAUAAGGACAAUAAGGCACUAAAACAGACAAUUGAAAAGGACAGUAUGGCACAACAACAUACAGCUAAAAAGGACAGUAAGACACCACUACAGAAAACUGAAAUGGAAAGUAGAGCACCACAAAAGACAGCUGAAAAAGAAUGUAAGGUACCACUAAAGACAACUGUAAAGGACAAUAAAACACCACAACAAAUAGAUGAAAAGUACAUUAAUGCACCACAACAGACAACUGAAAAGGAAAGUAAGGGUCAACAACAGACAUUAAAAAAGGACAUUAAGGCUCCACAACAAACCACUGAAAACAUCAGUGAGGGACCACAACAGACAAUGGGAAAGGACAAUAAGGGACCACAACAGACAACUCAAAAGUGCAGAAAGGGACCACAAAAGACAACUCAAAAGUACAGUAAAGGACCACAAAAGACAACGGGAAAGGACAUAAGGGAACCACAACAGGCAAAUAAAAAGGCCAAUAAGGGAAAAAAACAUUUAACUGAAGAGGAAAGAAAGGGCCCACAACAGACAACUGAAAAGGACAGUAAGGGACCACAACAGACAACUGAAAAGGACAGUAAUGCACCACAACAGACAACUGGGGAGGACAGUAAUGCACCACAACAGAAAACUGGGGAGGACAGUAAUGCACCACAACAGACAACUGGUGAGGACAGCAAGGGAACAAAACAGACAACUGAAAAGGACAGUAAUGCACCACAACAGACAACUGAAAAGGACAGUAAUGCACCACAACAGACAACUGAAAAGGACAGUAAUGCACCACAACAGACAACUGAGAAGGACAGUAAGGGACCACAACAGACAACGGGAAAGGACAUAAGGGAACCACAACAGGCAAAUAAAAAGGCCAAUAAGGGAAAAAAACUACAGAUGACAGUACAACAAAACAGAAAGCAAUAGAUGACAAUCAGAAUGCUAGAGAUGACAAUAAAAAUGCUAUAAAUCACAAUACAACAACAAAACUGAAUGCUAAAGAUGAAUGUACAAUGCAACAGAAAGUUGAAUAUAAAAUAACUGUAACUGAUUAGGCUUUGACUUAACAAAAAAAAACUGCAAUUAAAACAAUAAAUCUCCAGUGAUAUUAUAAAAGAAGGAAUAAACACUAAUAGGAAAACAGAAGAAUGCUCUGAUAAGAAAACUUCUACACUGCAGAACAAAAAUAUUUGUGUAAAUAAUAGAAAUAUAGUUGACACUGGCAGAAGAAAAAAACCCAGCUCUGGUGCAAUUAAGAAAACAGAAACUAGCCUUAAAGCCAGCAACAUGAGAAAAGACAGUACUUGGUGCCAAUAACAAAACAAAUGACAGCUCUGACGCUUUUAAAGAAAUGGACAAGGGCACUUAUGUCAGUAACAAUAAUGAAAUAAUUAUUGGUACCAAGAAAAGAGAAGAGAGACUUGAAGCAAUGGGGAAGAGAGAAGAAAUGAGUGUCAGAAAUAAGAGAAAGCAAGCUAAUAAAACAAUAGACUCUGAAGACGGUUACAGAGAGAAAGAAAGGGCUGGCCUCAAUGAGAAGAGAGAUGAGCGCGCGAAAAUAAGCAUGAACAGUGAGGGUGCAGUCAUCAGUCAUGCCAUCGAAGUCAACUCAGCAGCCAGUGUAAGAGAAGAAACAGGAGCUGUUGCUGGUGACUUGAAGGAAGAAAAAACAGAAAUAAAAAUAAAUUGUAAGAAUCUUACAAGAGUGCACAGUGUUUAGAUACCAAAAACAAGAUCUAAAUUUUGUUACUACCAAUUGACAGAGAAAUAACAACUAAAGUUCACUAUUGAUUGAAUAUUAAAAGCAUGUUAUAGUUGAUCCUCAUUUUGUUCAUGUCAAAUUCAAACCUUUCUAUAAAUUUCCACUUAUUUUAAAAGAGGUUUGUAAUUAAGUGAAUGAAACCUAGCAUACUCAGAUUGCAUUGUGAGUGUACACUACAUAUCUUGCAUUUAAAAAAUGCUUUCGUUAUAUUUAUAUCUUUAAAUGUUUAAAAAUAUUGUUUUAAUAUAAUUUAAAAUGUUUCCUUUAAGUAUUUGUUAUUUGUCAAUUCCAUUUUUGAUUGUUGAAUAGCUAUAUUGUAUAUAAACAUUGCGUUUUGCUUAUUCAUUAAUGUUGACAUUUACUACUCAAGAUGCAUUUUAAGUGUUUAUUAGUAUUAAUUAAUUUUAAUAGCUAAUUCUCAUUUUUCUAGUAUAAAGAUUUGUUAGAGGGAAACAAAAUUCAAUGUUGCCUCCUUAACAAUGUCCUCUGAGAAAUUUUCUUAUGCUGUGGUAGUGAAGCAGCAGUACCACUUAGUCAUUGACAACAUUCAAUAUUCAUUGUCUCUUAGUCUUAAAGUGUAGUUUUUUUUUUCCAUUUAUUCUUUUUGUUUACAAUUGGUGUUGUCUUUUAAUGCUGUGAGUUUAUUGUUACUAUUAUUUUUACAAAACUUAUUUCAUAUUGUCACUAUAAGAUACAUUUUUCUUGUGAUAUGUCAAGUUUGCAGCCAUAAAGUUUUCUGACAAGGGAUGAAAAUCUUCAUAGAAAUAUAGUUAUUUAUGUUGCGAACGAACUAAUAUUCAUUCUCUGGCACUGCCAGGUUCGAGUUUCGUUAGAGAGAAAUAAAAUUCAUUUUAGUGCCUUUAAUAGUGUCCCCUCUGGAAUUUUCUAGUGAUGUGGCAGGUCUGCAGCGAUACCACCCUCUGAUAAGGGCCUUGAAGGUACCUGCGAGUUGUCAUUAUCCCCUUAGAUGAUAUAGCAACAGAGUAUAUUAUUAUUUUAGACAACUUCCAUAACUGCUUAAUCUCUAAGCUAAGGUUUCCAUAUUUUCUUUGUUUUUCCAUUUCAGUUUAUUAUUAUUGUUAUUACGGUAUUAUUAUUAUUAUUAUUAUUAUUAUUAUACUAAUUGAGCUUUGUAUAUUCGAGCAGUACUUUUGAAUGCUCUCUUAGAAUGUUUCUCAAUAUUCAAAAUUUGUAUAUAGAUACUAUAAAGUAUAAUAAACAUUCUUUAUUUGUU